CAUGAAACCAAUGUCCCAAGGCGGACUGUCAAUUAGAGCGACCACUGGAGUAUCUGCCGUCUCACCUAAGCGGUGCAGGAGAGGUAUUCAGCAGAAGUAGAAAUUCAGACGGCACUGCACGACUCGGCUCAGCGUAGCCUGCGAAAUGUGGUGGGAGGGCUUGUGAUGUGAACGUUCUCCGUCAGGUGUUUUGGUUUGUCGCCACUGCAAAUGCACAAUUCAUUCGUCUGCUCUGAAGCGCUAGGUUGCUGGACAAACGAAGGAGACUCGGAAUUCUGGUGAAUUUGAUGGGGGAAAAGUGACGUCCAACAUUUAACUCGGAGAAGUGAAUUGAUUUACCCUUGUAUGCACCACACCAACAUGGAUCCCACUGACGCCAGACUCAUAAACGUGAAAACCUUCAGCUUGUACAUCCACCUGAAAAGCCUGCAAAAAACACAAUGAAUUCCCCAUAGCGCGCCAUCGGCCACCACUCCUGACACUGAAGCGUGAGGCGGUCCAAUGGUGAGCGAGCGGUAGGUAAAGAGCAGUUUGGGAAGAAGAGGAUGUGAGUUGUUUGUUUUCGCCCUUUGCCCUUGCCCGAGCCAAGCUGAGCAGAGCCGACACCAUGAGACAAGCGGUGACCACGCUGUCGAUGUGGGGGGAGAGGCACUUUGGAUACACCACCCUGCGGGACUCGGGCGAGACGCUGGGAGAGGAGCGUGAUGGCGGCGGCGGCUGGCCCCAGAUCCCACGCCUGAAGGAGGACUCGGUCAUCGAGGAGAAGGAGGUGGAAGAGCAAGAGCACGACAGCGGGCUGGAGCAGACUCCCACCUCGGAGGAGCACGAGGCCGUGGUGGUGGGGGGGCUGGCCUCCGUGGUGCUGCCCGUGGACAAUCCGCCCGGAGGUGAGCAAGAGCACGACCACCACAGCCACCUCCGGCCCCCCCGGAUGCUGGAGGCCCAGGCCAAAGUCCUGAAGCUGCCCUUCGUCACCAAAGCUGAGAAGGAAGCAGCGGCAGACCUAAGAAGCAGUCUCAGAGGAGGCGUCGGAGGCGAUGCAGGUGGUGGUGGUGGUGAUGGUGGUGUUGGUGCAGCAAACUACUCGGCUACUCCCAGCCCCGACAACGACCACCCGGCGGCCGUGAGCCUGGGGCCCGAGACGGGCACUCCAUCGCCCAGCUCCCUGGGAGAGGUGGCCCCUGUGUGGGUGCCGGACUCCCAGGCCCCGGCCUGCAUGAAGUGCGGGGCCAAGUUCACUUUCACCAAGAGGAGACACCACUGCAGAGCCUGCGGGAAGGUGUUCUGUGUGGUGUGCUGCGAUCAGAGGUGCCGAUUGACACACCUGGAUGGGAAGGAGGGCCGUGUCUGUGUCAGCUGCCACUUCACUCUCAUGAACAGACCGGUAGCCAAAGACCAGAGGCGUGUGUGGUUUGCGGAUGGCCUCUUGCCCGACCCGGACGUCAGAGACUCUCCUGGGACCCCAGAUCACAGACCCCCCAACUCCUCCCAGUCCAGCAGGCCCUCAUUGAUGGGGACAGGAGUAGAGGAGGUGGAUAGCCCGUCUGGCUGGGGUAUGGGUGCUCUGGUGGGGAGCCCCAUUGGCAGUUCUUCCAACCUCAUUCCAUCUGAGGGCCUUCCUCCCAUCCUCACAUCCACUGGAGUCAAGGGAGACUACACGGUGGAGGAGAGGCCCUCGGAGACCGCCCUGAUGGGGGAGCUGGAGGGGGGCAGGGCAGAGCCGCUGGUCUUCGUCCUCAACGCCAACCUCUUGGCCAUGGUCAAGCUCAUCAACUAUGUGAACAGGAGGUGCUGGUGCAUCAUGUCCAAGGGGAUGCAUGCAGUGGGCCAGGCGGAGGUGGUGGUGCUGCUGCAGUGCCUGCCUGACGAGAAGACCUUUCCCCGGGACAUCUUCAGCCACUUCAUCCAGCUCUACCGAGACGCCCUCACUGGCAAAGUCCUCAGCCACCUGAGCCACUCCACAGCCAGCCGCGGCCUGCUGGGCAGCAAGGAGCACGCGGGCUUCCUGUACGUGCGGCCCACCUUCCAGUCCCUGGACGGCCUGCCGCUACCCAGCCAGCCCUUCCUCUUCGGCCUGCUCAUCCUGCGGGCCGAGACCCCCUGGGCCCGCGCCUUCCCCCUGCGCCUCAUGCUGCGCCUGGGGGCCGAGUACAGGUUUUACCCUUGUCCUCUGUUCAGCGUCCGCUUCCGUAAGGCUCUGUUCGGGGAGACCAGCCACACCAUCAUGAGAUUGCUUGUGGACUUCCGUUUCUACCGCUACACGUUGCCGGUGGUGACCGGACUGAUGGUGGACAUGGAGGCUCGUAGCACCUGCAUCAAAAUACCCAAAGCCCGCCACAGCGAGCUGUUAAAGGCUUUGAACAAGUCCAAUGAGCAUGUGUUGGCCAUGGGCGCAUGUUUUAAUGAGAAUGCAGACUCCCACCUGAUCUGUGUCCAGAGCGAGAAUGGCCAGUACCAGACGCAAGCGAUUAGCAUCCACAAUAAGCCACGAAGAGUUACUGGUGCCUGCUUCUUUGUGUUUAGUGGAGCUCUGAAAAUAUCCUCUGGAUAUCUUGCCAAAUCAAGCAUCGUGGAAGAUGGCCUGAUGGUUCAGAUCACCAUGGAGAGCAUGGUAGAGCUGCGGCGUGCCCUGCGCGAGAUGAAGGACUUCACCAUCAGCUGCGGCAAACUGGACCAGUCCGACAACCAGGAGUGCGUCUACAUUCAGUGGCUAGACCAGGAGCCACGCUUCAACAAAGGAAUCUCCAGCCCCAUCGAUGGCAAAUCCAUGGAGUCCAUCACCAGCAUCAAGAUGUUCCAGCGCUCCGAGUACAGAGCCAACGGCAAGGUCAUCCGCUGGACAGAGGUGUUCUUUCUGCAGCGGGACAAGCAGGCCAACAGACCAGCAAACCCCACCAGCUAUAGCCGGCUGACAGAGAGGCUCGCGCGGGCCUUCUGCCUGGCACUGUGCCCCUAUCUCAAGCUGCUGAAGGAGGAUGGCAUGGCCAAGCUGGGGCUGCGCGUCACCCUGGAGGCACAGAGGACACAUUACCUGGCAGGCAGCAAUGGGCAGCCGCUCCCCACUCAGUACAUGAAGAUCCUGGACAGUGCCCUGACGCCAGUCAUCCAGGCUGGCACACCACAGCAGGGCGAGGGGCCCCUGGAGAUGGAGUUCAUCUUCUACAUACAAGAGAACAUCUCCUAGACAUUCUAGAAGGUUCAUCUCCGGGACAUUCUAGAAGGUUCAUCUCCGGGACAUUCUAGAAGGUUCAUCUCCGGGACAUUCUAGAAGGUUCAUCUCCUGGACAUUCUAGAAGGUUCACUCCACACACACACACACACACACGCAC